AUGCUAGGGACUCGCAGACCUCUACCUCCCACACUCAACUCCAGUGUAGCUCCCCCCGCUCCCCAGAACCCCUCACUCAUAGACCGACCAACCACAGUUCCUCCCAAACAGACGGCCUCCCUCCUCCGCGGUAGUGGGUCGAGGCGCGUAGAGUGCCGGGAGGAGCCAGAGAGGCGGUACAGUGAGCCGGGAAAACUCCCCCGCCCAUCAUGCCCUUUUUAGGUCUUCCGACCACGGGCAUGCUGGGAGCGUUCUAUGCAAAUUAGGCGGGCCUCAUCGCCCCGCCCCUUCCACGUUUGGGCCGGCUCCUAGCCGGUACAGUCAUUGCGCAGGCGCGGGAAAGUCGCCCUAAGGAAGUUUAUACAAGUUCAGUGGAGGAGGCGGCGGCGGCGGGGCCCGGGACCAGGUGCCUCCAUGGCAGGCUCUGAAGAGCUGGCGCUCCGGGAGGACACUCUGAAGGUCCUAGCUGCCUUCCUUAGGCGGGAUGAGGCUGCCGGCUCGCCCAUUCUGUCCCCACCCAGGAGCCCUGCCCAGGAGGAGCAGACAGAUUUCCUGAGCCGCCUUCGAAGAUGUCUUCCCUGCUCCCUGGGGCGAGGAGCAGUUCCCCCUGAGUCCCCUCGGCCUUGCUCCCUGCCCCUCCGGCCCUGCUAUGGUUCAGAGCCUGGCCCAGCUACUCCAGACUUCUACGCCCUGGUGGCCCAGAGGCUGGAACAGCUGGUCCAAGAGCAACUGAGAUCCCCACCUAGCCCAGAAUUACAGGGUCACCCACCCACAGAAAAGGAAGCCCUGCUGCGGAAGCUGGUGGCCUUGCUGGAGGAGGAGGCAGAAGUCAUAAACCAGAAGCUGGCCUCAGACCCUGCCUUGCAGCGCAAAUUGGCCCGCCUCUCUGCCGGCUCCUUCAGCCGCCUAGUGGAGCUCUUCUCAAACCGGGAGGGCAGCCCUGGCCCAAGCCAAGCACGCCCCUCGAUGCCGUGCCCUGGGCCCCCGCCGCCUUCCCCGGAGCCCCUGGCCCGCCUGGCCCUGGCUAUGGAGCUGACCCGGCGCGUGGCCGGGCUGGGGGGCACCCUGGCUGGACUCAGUGUAGAGCAUGUGCACAGCUUCGCACCCUGGAUCCAGGCCCAUGGGGGCUGGGAGGGCAUCCUGGCAGUUUCACCUGUGGACUUGAACUUACCCCUGGACUGAAUUCUGCCUCAGAAGCUGUUCCGAGAUCGGACCUCAGGUCUCUGCGUUCUUUUCCCAAGUCUCCCUGUUCCACUCAGGGCUGUGGGGUGGCGGCUGCCCUCUCUGUUUUUGCCAAAAAAAAAAAACCCAAAAACAAAAAACUGUUUAAAACACUUUCAUAUUAAAGACUUUUUCAAGUAUUUGUUUGUCUUUUCACUCAAGAUCUAGACUUCUAAGUAGAGGAGAUUUGGUUCAGAGAGCUCUCUGGUGUAUAAAUUGAGAAAAGAGCCAGUUCCUUCUUUCUAGAAAUAUCUAUUUGGAGCACCCAGGAGCACCUGUCACCUGAAAACAUACCGCUGUUUGGAGGAUACCUGUGAGUAUGGUUGCAGCUAAUUACAUGUUUCCCCCUAUUGCAUGAGUGGCUUUUUCUAGCUAAUCCUGUGUUGAGAGUCCUGGACUCUUCCCAGCUGUUUCCAGGAGAAAUGCUCUGAUCUGCCUUCCCGGGGCAUCCAGAACCCCACCCUCCUCUCGUUGUUCUCUUUGCCCUGCGCUUUCGGCGUCUUUUGUGCUGGUCUCUCCACGUCUCCCUGUCCGCCAGCGAUCUGUCACCGUUCGAGGAUGAUCCCCUGCUUCCCAGAGGGCCGUUUUGUAAAUGCAGAAAAGGAAACGUGCAGGAGUGCAGUCACGCUUCAUGCUACGCGGAUUCUGCAUUUUCCAGUUCGGAUUCUGCAUUUUCCAGUUCGCCGCCUCUUGGCGGUGAACUUGCAGUCGCGGGAGGAAGAGGCGCGCGCCUUCGCGGGUUGUUGACGGGCCUGCGCAGGCUCAGAGCAGCAGAGGCGCCCACCUGCCCGGGGGCCCCUUUCAGCUCAGGCCGGGUGAGACCACACUGCCUUCUGGGUUCAGCUUGCACGGCCGCAAGUGAAAAUCCUUUCCGCGAUCUACUUAGGGCCACAUUAUUUUUUACCCUGUUUCUGCGCUUUUGGUGGUGAUUUCGCGGGAUCCAAGGGUCCUGCUCAUAGCGCUGAAGUGCUGGGUUGGGUUCCUAAAUUCUGGAAAGCUGGGGUGCACCUCAAUUAGAUCAGCUUUGUUGUGGAUGAUUUUUGUUAUAGUGCUGUUGGCUAUGUAGUCAUUGUCAGUGGACCAACUCGAUGUUAAAAGAACGUGUCUUUAAGCUGAAAACACACAGAGAACCA